AUGGGUAGAUCAGAUGAGAACAACGUUGGACUAAUUGGAUCAACGAAUCUUCAAGGCGGAGGAGGAAAGAUCAUGGCGGCGGCUAAACCUGGCCCGACCAGAAGAGCACUUAGUGCAAUUAACAAGAACAUCAAUGAACCUCCGUCUUACCCUUAUGCUGUUAACAACAAGAGAUCACUUUCUGAAAGGAAUGCAAUCUGUAACAAACCACCUCCGCACCGACCAGUUACUAGGAAGUUUGCUGCUCAAUUAGCUGGUAAUAAGACACAAAUCAAGGAAGAGGAAACUAAGAAACCAGACUCGGUUCCAAGUGAAGCAGCAGAGGACUUUAAUGAGCCAAUGUUUGUACAACACACCCAAGCAAUGAUGGAGGAGAUUGAAAUGGAAGAUGCAGAUGAAGAUGAAGAAGAGCGAGUGAUCAAUAUUGACGCUUGCGAUGAGAAGAAUCCUUUAGCUGUCAUUGAAUAUAUCAAUGAUAUAUACGACUUUUUCAAGAAAUCUGAGGAGCUUAGUUGCGUGCCUCCUAACUACAUGGACAAUCAGCAAGACCUUAAUGAGAGGAUGAGAGGAAUCCUCAUUGACUGGUUGAUUGAGGUGCACUACAAGUUUGAACUGAUGGAGGAAACACUUUACCUCACAGUCAGUGUCAUCGAUAGAUUCCUCGCGGUUCAUCAAAUCGUGAGGAAAAAGCUUCAGCUUGUUGGUGUCACCGCUCUGUUGCUAGCUUGCAAGUACGAGGAAGUCUCGGUUCCAGUAGUAGAUGAUCUCAUCUUGAUAUCUGAUAAAGCUUACACUAGAAGAGAAGUACUGGAUAUGGAGAAGCUAAUGGCCAACACCUUGCAAUUCAACUUCUCUUUGCCUACUCCGUAUGUCUUCAUGAGACGGUUCCUCAAAGCUGCUCAAUCUGACAAAAAGCUUGAGGUGUUAUCCUUUUUCAUCAUCGAGCUUUGUCUGGUGGAGUACGAGAUGCUGGAGUAUACUCCGUCUAAGCUAGCAGCCUCGGCGAUCUACACUGCUCGGUGUACACUUAUUGGGUUUGAGGAAUGGAGCAAGACCUGCGAAUUUCACACAGGCUACAAGGAAGAAGAGCUACUGGAAUGCGCAAGGAAGAUGGUUGGUUUCCAUCAAAAGGCAGGAACAGGGAAGCUAACAGGAGUUCCCAGGAAGUACAACACAUCAAAGUUGUCUUAUGCUGCAAGAACUGAACCAGCUGGGUUUCUACUUUAGUGGAGGAGAAAAACUAUAGUAAUAAGAACGAAUGACUCAGAAUCUAAGUAUGAGAUUUACAACUGUUUGGUUGACUUCUUCUCUUCUACUUUAGAUCUUUCUUUACUUGAGAGAGAAUAAAAAGAUGCAAUAUUUCUUUUUUUCUUUAUACCAUGCUUCAUAAAACAUUCAAUUUGUGACCUUUAAACUUACAUGUAUAUAAUUGUUGUAAAGCCCUCCGGGAUAUUAUGCGCUUCAUUUUGGUUAAUGCCAUUCAGGAAUGUCUCAAACAUUCUGC